UCCCGACCCACCCAGAUCAAAAUUAUCGCGUCGUCGCAAGCGUUUGACAUUUAUUUACCCACUGCCCAUCAACGGUGAGGAUGUCGACUGCGACGAGCAUUGCUUUGUUUAUUGCAGUGUGCGCGGCGUCCACUGGCCUCGCUUUAUACACGGACUGCGGUUCAGUCGAUGGUAAAAUCAUCUCGGUACAUAUUUCGAAUUGUGGGACGUCGGCGAGAUGUAUUUUGAAGCGGCGCCACAACGUCACGAUGGAAAUAAACUUUAAAUCUAAUGUGGAGUCGAGUUCUUUACAAGCUGUUGUUCAUGGCAUCAUUUUGGGCGUCCCCGUUUUAUUCGAUUUACCCAACCCGGACGGUUGCAAGGAUUCUGGAGUGACUUGUCCAGUCGAAAACGGCAGCACGUAUAAAUACGUCACUACCAUGCCGAUUAGCAGCACUUACCCAAGGGUAACUGUCGACAUCAAAUGGGAACUAAGAGACGACCAGAACAAAGACUUGUUGUGUGCUUUGAUUCCCGCUAAAAUCGGUUAAAUUAUUUUUUUAGACGCCAUUUUAAAUGUAAAUAAUUCGUUAUGUAAUAUUUGAUUAGAGAAUAAAGCGUUAUACCUC